AUGGAAAAACAAUUAAGGUCUUUGAUGUUAGGUGUGGAGGAGCUGCUGCUGCUGGUUUGCUUUGCGUUAUUGACGAAUAACAAAGCUGUUGCUCUCCUCAACAGGAGCAGUUUUCCUCCAGGUUUCAUAUUUGGCUCAGGUUCAGGAUCUUACCAGUAUGAAGGCGCUGCAAAUGAAGGUGGUCGAGGACCAAGCAUAUGGGAUUCCUACACCCACAAACAUCCAGAAAGGAUCAUUGAUGGCAGCAAUGGAGAUGUUACUCUUGAUCAAUAUCACAAGUAUAAGGAAGAUGUGGAAAUUAUGAAGGAUAUAGGCUUGGAUGCUUAUCGGUUUUCUAUUUCAUGGCCCAGAUUAUUACCAAGUGGAAAGUUAAAUGAUGGUGUGAAUGAGGUUGGAAUCAGAUACUACAGCAAUCUAAUCAAUGAACUUCUCAGAAAUGGUCUAGAGCCAUUUGUCACACUUUUUCACUGGGAUCUUCCCCAAGCUUUGGAAGACGAAUAUGGUGGUUUUUUAAGCGAUCAAAUUGUCAAUCAUUUUCAAGACUAUGCAGAACUUUGUUAUAAGGAAUUUGGUGAUCGAGUAAAGUACUGGACCACAUUGAAUGAGCCAUAUACCUAUAGUAUCAAUGGCUAUGUUUUGGGGUGUUACGCACCAGGACGAUGUUCUAAUUGGCAGAAACUAAAUUGCACUGGUGGAAAUUCGGCUAUUGAACCAUAUUUGGUGACACACCACCUUCUACUUGCUCAUGCUGCUGCUGCAAACUUGUACAAGAAUAAAUUUCAGGCAUAUCAAAAGGGUGAGAUAGGAAUAACGCUCGUGACACCAUGGUUUGUGCCUCUUUCAGAGGCAAAUGAAGAUAAAAAGGCUGCAUUAAGAGCAUUGGAGUUUACUUUGGGAUGGUUUAUGGAACCAUUGACAAGUGGUGAUUAUCCGAACAACAUGCGGUCUCUUGUUGGAACGCGCUUACCAAAAUUCACAACAGCACAAUCCAAGGCACUAAUUGGGUCAUUUGAUUUUCUUGGACUAAAUUACUAUACUAGUCACUAUGCAAGCGAUGCAUCUAAUAAUGUUUAUGAACAUGCAAGCUACUUAACAGAUGUUCGAGUGACUCUUUCAUCUGAGCGGAAUGGGGUUCCCAUUGGUGCAAAGGGUGCUUCAAGCUGGCUAAAUGUUUAUCCAAUAGGUAUUCAAAAUUUGUUACUCUACACGAAGGAAAAGUAUAAUGAUCCAAUCAUUUAUAUUACUGAGAAUGGCAUUGAUGAAUUUAAUGAUCCAAAGUUAUCACUUGAGGAAGCUCUUUAUGAUACCCACAGAGUUGACUAUCACAUUCUCCACCUCUAUUACGUUCAAACUGCAAUCAAGUAA